AUGAAACGGCUGGCCAAGCUGCAGCAGUCACAAUCAACGCAGUCGUCGUCCUCGUCCGAGGCCUCCACUUCGACCACGUCGACCUCCAGAGCGAGCGCCACCGUUCCCGCUCCUGCUCGAGCUCCGUCUCAGUCGCCGUCCCAGUCAAGGCGGAGCAUCGUACUACCAGCCGCCCCGGUGCGAGUGAGUCCCUAAUCCCUUCCGCUACAUUCAACGCGUGUCAGCCCGCUGCAUCUAGCCGACCCGAGUCGAGUGAGCUAAGCUGAAGAGCACCGUCCUGUCGAUCGUCCGAAAGGCCUCGUUGUCCAACAAGAGCACGCCCAUCCCGACCCCGGCCCCGACCCCUUCCACCUCCAAAGCCGACGGAGCCUCGACUCCACAGGCCACCUUGCCCCGGUCGACUUCGAUCGAGUCGUUUGAGGACUGGCAGCACACCACACUGCAAACCGUGUUGCGCGUCACGCUCGAUGUGAGGGAGAAUCAGCCGAGUUCACCUCCUAUCCCGACCUGCCUCGAGCCUGUUCAAGCGCUGAUAUCGGUGUGUGUACGCAGAGAGAGCAAGCCGAAGCUUUCAACUGGUCCAUCACCUACCUCAAGGACGUCGCCGAAGAAAUUGCCGCCGAGACAGCUCCAGGUUCGUUUUUGGUUUUUGCGCGCACCCCCACAUUACGGCCCUGCGGCUUACAACCCUCCUGAGCAAAUCCUUGACACCCUGCAGACCCAGCCACGCCCCUCAAACUCGAUGCCGAAUCAAUCGAUCGACUGCUCCUGGCUCGUCUCUCCCUCUCACCGAGCCUCAUGACCGACGACCCCGAGAUCAUCACCGUCGUGGCAUCAUUACCCGAGAACCAGACCCCAUUCGGCUAUCUCGGCGGAUGCUGGAAGCGCGAGCGAGCCGAGCGACAAAAGCUAUUGUCCCGCAGAGUACGCUGCAAGUCUAGCCAGUCGAGUGCAAGAUUAGGGAUCAGUAAUGUGUUGACGCAGCGAUGUUUGUCGAUCGCAGAAUCUUUCGGCCGCAGACCGUUCCGCGCGCGUCGAAGUUCUCAACAAGGCCAAGGCUCUCAUCGUGUCUUACACUGGGCUCGUCCUCAUUGACCCCUCCAUGUUUCCUCAAGAGCACACUACGUCAGUCUCAACGUGCCUUUGACUUGCCUGCGAAUUUUCGACCACUGAAAACUGUCAUCUUUGACACCGAUCAGACCCACUUCACCUGGGCCCUUGGAAUUGGCUGGAUUGCUGCUCCCCAUGUCCAACACGGGCCCAAAAACGAGCACUUUACAGUCGACAGAUCUUCCGGCCCUUUUGCAAGACUUGGCCGGUCGGUUCACACCGUCGCCCGCGAACGACGAAGAGGGGGGGUUGGAAGAGGUAAUUGGUCCACUCAUCUCACAUUUCGGGACCCAGUUGAUCGCACACAAGGUGGACAUUGGCGGCUCGACUAGCGUGAAUGGGGCCAGUUGGCGUGACGUGCUCGGCGCCGUGCAGACUUUGAGUGAGAUCAAAGGCGUCGCUUCUACACUUCCGCAAUGCCACAACUGGGUCGUCACUGGGACCCCUCAAGCCCAGGCACCCCUGAUUGAGAUGCUCUCUCUGUUGGGUCCAUUCCUGCGCUUGAGCGCAUUUCCAGACUCGUUCGUAAGUUUUUCAAGUCAGUCCAGGGCUAUCAGGACACGCAGUGACUUGAUAUGCCCUACCUGUUGCUCUAGCCUGCAAUCGCCAAGCUCUACUUCCCCGAACCGUCGACGCAAGGCCGAGGGAAUCUGGACAGCGCAGCGCAAAGUCUGCGGGGUACGCUUUCAGGUGUUCAGGUGCGUCGCUUCACCUGCUGCUCAGACCCUUGGCUGUCGUACUCAUAUUUGCUUGAUGCCACCUUGCAGCACAUCCUGUUCCAAAUUCUGAACAACGUGGUCCGAUCAGGUCCAGUGGCCCGCGAAGCUGUGUUGAGUUAUUUUGGCAACGUGGCCAGGACCAACAUCAAACGAUCAGCCAUGCGCGUCGAUGCGAGAACUGUCUCGAGCCAUGGCUUCAUCAUCAAUUUGCACACUGCAUUGCUCGCGUUUGCCCAACCUUUCACGGAUGCUCAAUUCAGCAAGGUGCGCCGUCCGAGCCCGCUUUUGCCGCUUGUCCGAUCUUUGCACUCACCGCCUGUCCUGCACCUUUCACCUUUCAGAUUGACAAGAUCGAUCCUUUAUACUACAAGAAAUCACGACGAAUCGAUAUCGCGGACGAAACAAAGAUGAGCGCGACCCAGAGCGAGAGUGAAGAAUAUUAUUUGCAAGCAGCGGACGAGGCCCAGCUCGGACCAGUCAAUUUCAUCUCCGAAGUCUUUUUCCUUUGCUGCACCUACUUUCGCCUCGGUAUUAUGCACGCCAUCAAAGAGCACAAAGGGUUCUCGCAACAGAUCCGACACAUGACGCGCGAGUUGGCCGACAUGGAGACGGACCAAACCUACCGCGGCACCCCGGGGGAAGCGCGUGCCUUGGCGGAGAUCGAGCGCUACAAAAAGAGGACAGAGAUGUUCAAGAGUCAUCUCGAGGCGUACCAAGUCCAACUGUUUGAUACGACGUAUCUGUCGAACUGCCUUGGGUUCGCGAACCUCGUCAUGGCAUGGCUUGUGCGCCAAGUCGAUCCCAAGAAGCAACACCCUCAGGUCCGCGUCCAGUGAGUCUGAUUGUCGAUCCGCGACUAUGACGUGUCCAGUGAUUCAUUCCCACGUUUACAAAAUGCCAUGCGUGACCAUUCGCAGACUACCCAUGCCGGACGAAACACCGCUCGGUUUCCGGAUGUUGCCCGAGUUCCUCAUUGAGGACAUCACCGAGUUCCUGAGCUUCGCCUCAAAGUCAGUUCCCUGAUGCACUUCUCUUCAUACAUACAAAGAACUGACGAGUCUAGUAUGAGUUGUAGAGCUGCACCACUUGUUCUUGCUGAACAGUCGCAAGACGAGCUCGUCACGUUCAUGCUCGUGUUUCUUUCGACACCAUACAUGAAGAACCCAUAUCUCAAAGGCCAAUUCGUUGAGGUACGCUUCCGAGUUGUGCUUUCCACCGUGUUUAAGCACCUAUUGAUGAUAGCGCUUGGCUUGGGGAUCCCAGAUUAUGUACUACCUUACCCGACCCAUGCCUCGUUAUCCCACCGGUUGCCUCGGCGACGUUUUGAACUUCAACCCCCUUGCUCUCAAGCACCUCAUGCCGUGCCUUAUCCAUGCAUACAUCGGUAAGAAAAAUAUAAACGGAUCGCGCUCAAGAAUACGUUAACCUGACCAUGGCCGCAUAUCACACUUCACUAGAAAUUGAGAUUACGGGAUCGCACACGCAGUUCUACGACAAGUUCAACACCCGAUACUACAUCACGCAACUCUUCAAAUUAGUGUGGAGCAACCAGUCGCACAGAGAGGCCUUGAAGCUCGAGAGCCAGUUGAGUCGAAAGGCUCGCACAGGCUCCGAGAUGGCGACGUACUGA